GCCCCGCCCCCUGCCGCCUGCCCCUGCGCUGCCCAGUGGCCAGGAGAUGAUGAAGAGGCCGGCCAGGCAGAGGAAAGGGAGGAAGAGGGCCCCGGCCUAAGGCUUCAAUCGGCAGAAGCCCAGGAGGAGGCACAGACCCCCGACAUCCCUCCAGGCCGGGAUGGGGCAGCAGUUCAGCUGGGAGGAGGCGGAGGCGGCCGGCGAGAUGGACGUGGCCGAGCUCCAGGAGUGGUACAAGAAGUUCGUGGUGGAGUGCCCCAGCGGCUCUCUCUUCAUGCACGAGUUUAAGCGCUUCUUCAAGGUCACAGGCAACGAGGAGGCCACCCAGUACGUAGAAGGCAUGUUCCGAGCCUUCGACAAGAAUGGGGACAACACCAUCGACUUCUUGGAGUAUGUGGCCGCCCUGAACCUCGUGCUGAGGGGCACCCUGGAACACAAGCUGAAGUGGACCUUCAAGAUCUAUGACAAGGACCGCAACGGCUGCAUCGACCGCCUGGAGCUGCUCGACAUUGUGGAGGCGAUCUACAAGCUGAAGAAAGCCUGCAGGGUGGAGGAGGAGGCCGAGCAGCAAGGACAGCUGCUCACACCCGAGGAGGUGGUGGACAGGAUCUUCCUUCUGGUGGAUGAGAACGGAGAUGGCCAGCUGUCUCUGAAUGAGUUCAUUGAAGGUGCCCGUCGUGACAAGUGGGUGAUGAAGAUGCUCCAGAUGGACAUGAACCCCGGUGGCUGGAUCUCUCAGCAGAGGCGGAAAAGCGCCAUGUUCUGAGGGGUCUGGGGCCUUCGGGAGUCCACAGG